GGAGGCGCCGAGUUACGGCGGAAGUGAGGCGGCCGGGAGGGAAGGCGACAGGGGCGACCGGGGCGCCCUGUCCGGGGCGUUUUCCGGAGCUGCUCCGGGCAGCGGGGCGGCGGAGGCCGGCGUGGAGGUCGGGGGUGGCGGACCCCGGCGCCCGGGCGGUGCAGACCUUACAAGUGAGGGAGGAAAAAGGAAAAAAGAAAAAAAAAUGGAAGGCCUGCCUGAUGCUGCUGUCUUUGCAACUAGACUUAAAAACACUCUCAUCCAGUAUCAUAGCAUUGAAGACGAUAAGUGGCGAGUUGCCAAGAAAAUGAAAGAUGUAACAAUUUGGAGAAAACCUUCAGAAGAAUUUAAUGGAUACCUUUUCAAAGCCCAAGGUGUUAUAGAUGACAUCGUCAAUAGUGUAAUAGACCAUAUACGCCCCGGUCCCUGUCGCUUGGAUUGGGACAGCUUAAUGACUUCAAUGGAUAUUUUGGAACACUUUGAAGAGAAUUGCUGUGUGAUGCGUUAUACUACUGCUGGCCAGCUUUGGAAUAUAAUUUCCCCAAGAGAGUUUGUUGAUUUCUCCUACACUGUGGGCUAUGAAGAAGGGCUUCUAUCCUGUGGGGUAAGUCUUGAUUGGAGUGAAAAGAGACCAGAAUUUAUUCGUGGAUAUAACCAUCCCUGUGGUUGGUUUUGUGUUCCGCUUAAAGACAAUCCUCACCAGAGUCUUUUGACAGGCUAUAUUCAGACGGAUCUGCGUGGGAUGAUUCCGCAGUCUGCAGUCAACACAGCCAUGGCAAGCACUUUAAUCAACUUCUAUGGUGAUUUACAAAAAGCCUUACAAAAGGCAUAAUAUGUUUAAACUUGUAGUACAGUAGACCCCAGGGUCAACUUGCUCUCAGCUGCGUGGCCUGUAAAAAUCAUCCUUUCCUCUCCUCCAUGUAGCCUGUGGAAACAUUUGAGAUGAUUUGUUGGUUUAUUUUAUUCCCAAACUAAAUACUUAUCUAAGAGAGGGCAUUUCAGUUUUCUUAAAUAGUUAUUUGCACAGUGUUUGGUACAGCAGGGUGUCUGAGCACGGAGAGUAUGACAGAGAUCCAUUAAGAAGUAGGUAUUAUUCUUUGACCUAAACUCUUUAGAAACUGAGUAGUGACUCAGUAUGAAUAUUUUGCCUGCUUGGAAAUUAGAGAAAGCAUAAGCUUCAUGCUGUUAGUUAAAAUCAUCUAUUUUAGAGGUUUAUGAACAUUUUACAAGUUUUAACUUUUUCUGGAAGUUAAAUAUUAGUGUUUUACUUUGGUAUGCUGUAUGAGUUUGUCAAUAUCUUGGACUAAAGAAAAAAGCUCUUUAUAUUUUGUAAAGGUGAUUUUCAUUGUCAGUUGACUUGCACUACUUUAUAAGUAUUGAAAAAAUCAGAAAUAAAAAUAACUAUAAAUACAAUUCAAAUACAAUUCUAGAUAACAUUAUUUUGUGGAUAUCUUUAAAAAUGUAUUUGUGUCUUUCUGUGAGUUUAUUUUGGAAGUCUUAAAAAGCAUUUAUGCAUGGGUAAGACAGUACAAAACUGCCAAAUGUGUGUUGGGGACACCACAUUGAUUGGGUUGUGUGAAAGGGUUGGGGGUAUCCUCUAUUUACCAACAGAAAAUUAUCUGUCUAUAAAGUCAAAUUCAAUGAAUGUUUUCUUCAUGUUUCAUUUUUUUAAAGAUAAGCCCUCAAGAAAUAGCUUUAAUUCUGAGAAGUAUCUGAUAUUCUUUAGGAAAAUAAUGAGAUUUUCAAUGCCUUUCUCAUUUGACCCAUGUUCAUGUUUCAAAGUGUCACUCACCUCAUAAAGUAUUACUGACUACAUCAUAAACAUUGUGACAGAUCUUCAUCUGGAACUUUAACAAAUGCAUUCAUAGAUUUAUCCACAUGCCUGGAUGAGUCAUUUUAUAACUAGCAUGGAUGAAAAUAGGUCCCUUGAGUCUAGGGCUGCCUUAAAUGAACAUUCCUGAAUAAUUUUAACAUUCCAAAUGAUUCUUUGGCUUUUGAACUAACCACCUGGUUUACUUUUAAAAUGAGAUCUUGAGGCAACUCAUUCAGUGUAGCCAUGAAGAUGUGUGUAUUUAUGUUCGUGUACGGGCACACGUUCUGAAAUCUAUCUUCGUGUUCAGUGUGAGUUCUUUAUGUGGUACUAUUACUGUUUCCAUCAUUUUGUUUCUCCUUCUCCUCCUCCUCCCUUCCCCCUCUCCCUCCUCCUCCUCCUCUUUUUUUCUCUUCCUUCUCCUACUCCUCCUCCACCUCUCCCUCCUUCCUCCCCUUCCUCCCCUUCCUCCCCUUCCUAUUCUCCUUCUCCUUUUUCUCCUUUUUGAUUAAUAUAUUCCAGUGUUCUGUCUAGGAUGGCAAAAUACCAGCAGAUGUCCAAUUACAGGGUGCCCAGAUUGUGUGAGGGACUUGUGAUAAGAUUGUCUGAACUGGGUACCCCCAAAGCAAAUAAACUGUCCACUCAGCAACUCUAAUGUUCUCUUUGUCCUUUUCAACUUAUACCUCCAAUUAGUGAUUACAUAAUCCACUGUUGAAUUGGACCCAUUGCACAUAAAAGGACACUCAUGGAAACAUUUUUAUUGCAAUACUGAGUCAUAUGAUAGUUUGAGAAAUAGUAUUUGAAUGACCUGAAAUGUAUAUGCAGCUUCUAGAUGGCACUUUAUAUCUGCUACAUUCUAGCUGUACUUCUUUUUUUUUUUUUUACAGCCUUAUUGAAAUAUAAUUUACAUGCUAUACAACUUACUGGUUGUAAAUAUACAAUCCAGUAAUUUUUGAAUACAUCUAUAAUUGUGCAGCCAUCACCACAAUCCAGCUUUAGAACAUUUCCAUCAACCAAAAAGAUCCCUUUGCCUGUUUGCAGACUCAUAUCUAACCAAAGUUUAGCAUAGUUGCCAGCAUAUAGGGGAUGAGAAAGAUUACAGCAGGUUUUAUUUGGUUUUGUUUUUAAGAGUAGAUUCUAAGUUCAGGUACCUCGUGGUAAUGUUUUAAAUAUGUUAUCUGAAAUACCAUAAUUAUACAAAAAUUUAAUGAUAUGGGUUGGGAUUACUAUUAACAUAUAAUUGAGUCUGCUCUUUCUGUACAGUGCUGUAGAAGAAUGGAAAACUAAUGUGAGCCGUAUAUAUAAUUUAAAAUUUUCCAGUGGCCACAUGAAAAAGAUAAGAAACAGCUGAAGUUAAUUUUAAUAAUGCAAUUUAUUUACCUCAGUAGAUCCCAAACAUCAUUUCAACAAAUAAUCAGUGUGAAAACUCAAUAAGAUAGAUUACAUUCUUCUUUCUUACCAAUUCUUUGAAAUCUCGUGUGUAUUUUACUUACUUGGAUUAGCCACAUUAAAAAAAAAUUUUUUUUUAAAUCUUUAUUUAUUUUUAAGAGGGGAGCGGGGAGGGGUAGAGAAAGAGGGAGAUAUAGAAUCCAAAGCAAGCUCCAGGUUCUGAGCUGUCAGCACAGAGCCCGAUGCGGGGCUCAAACUCACAGAUCGUGAGAUCAUGGCCUGACCUGAAGUCAGACGCUUAACUGACUGAGCCACCUAGGUGCUCCUUGGAUUAGCCACAUUUUAAGUGUGCAUUAUCAACAUUGGGCCAGUGGCCUGUAUUUAAUAGCACAGUUCUCUAGUAUAUGUAUUAAUUUGUGUUUUUAUAAUAUGAAGUAAUGAAUUUCAUGGAAUUGGCUCUCUUAAAUACAAAAUGUUUUCUAAUCUCUGGAGCCUUCGAUGCUUGCUAAAUGGGGACUUCUGAACAUUAGAAAUAAAUCAGUUUGUAGUUGUUAAAAAUAUAACAAUUAUAGCCAAAAAGUUUUCCUUUAAAUAUAAUUAAUUUUCGUAGGGCAGUUAAUGAAACAAAAAAUAUAAUCUGCCUUGUUAGGUGGUUGAUUAUUUUUCUCUAGCUUAUAGCUAGUUUGUAUUAGAAACACAUUUACACAGGGAAUACUUGGCAUAGUACUGUUUUCAGUACUUGUUACCUACUUUUUUAAGGACAUUAGUUUCAUACAAAAAAAUAAUUUAUCAUAACUGAUACUUUUGCAUGAAGUAUUAGUUUGCAUUGAUAACUAACUCUUGAUUAACCCUUGGAGUUUAACACAAUACUUAGCAAAAAUAAUUGCAGGAAUUUACUGGUUGCAGUUAUGUAUAAUAUGAACUGCUAGAGUGUUAAAGAGAGAUUGUAAAUGUUAAAAAUCUCUUCAUUUUACUGUUGACUGAUGUUGGAUGUAUUUGAAAUUGUAGAUUUCUACAUGUAAGAUUAUCUCCCAGUAAAAAUAAUUUUCUUUUUCCCCCUCCUCCCUCUUUCUUUAUUAACUGAAGGACAAAGUAUCAGUACUCAGAUUGAAUUAAAUUAACAUCUCAGACAAAAUCCUCUGUAACUGAGGUUGCCUCUGGAGAAGAUGGGAAAACAUUGCACAGUUUAAGCCUUUAAUUAUUUGUUGAGCUUUUAGGUAUGAGUAAUUCCCUUUGAUGUAAACAAAAACUUUAUCUGUUUACUCAAGAGCACACUAGCACCCUUAGAAUCAGUGGUUAAAAUCCAGAUCCUUUUACUUACACGGAUACUGCAGGUAUCCCAACCCAAUGGAUAAAUUAUGGAAUCCAGAGAAGUUAGGGGACUUGACCAGGUUUCCAUCAGAAUGUGUGUCGUAUAAUCACUUGUCUGCUGUAUUUUUCCCUUGCCUUUCUUACUCAACUUCUAGAAGUGGGGGGUGGUGGGAUCUGAGCAUAGAAGAAACAUAGGAAGUUGGAAUUAUAAUUCAUUAUUUUGUUGUUUCCAAAGAUUUUACAUGUAUAGUCAAAUAAAAGUUUGUCUCUUGCAAUUCAAUAAAAGCUAUACUAUAUAUAGAUUUUAUUUUUUAAGAAGUUUAUAAUUCUUUUAUGAGCCAAUGUGAAACUGGAACCUUUAAUAAAAGCAUGUUUUAAUAUAAACUGUGUAUUUAUUUUUAAAUUGCUAUGAAAUAUUUCAGAAUAAAAUUACUAGACAUUCAUAAUCAUUGACACUGUCUGAGUUGUAUUAACCUUAAGUACUGGCAAAUAGUUUCAUGUAUCUGAACUUAAAGUAUGUAAUUUAAUUUUGUAAACUCUUAAGAAAAAUAUAAACUGGAAAAUAAAGAUUAGUAACUCACA